UAAAACGAUUUUGCUGUUUAGUAGCUUUGCCCGAAUGUGCCUCCAAAUAUGUGAAAAAUGUGAGGUUUACCGAAUUCCGUACACAUUAUCUCCUGUGACUUCCUUUACCUGCAUACCAUGGCGGACUAUCGGUUUCUGUCGUAUUUGGACAUGUUGGCCGCAGGGGACUGUCGCUGCUUCUGUGGCUCUUGUUAUUGUAGCUAGCGCUACCGUUAGCUAAAUUAGCUAACACUGCUGUUUUCGUUCUCCGCGUAACCGAUGUUGAUUCAUUGCUGGCAGUAGGUCAAACCGCAAAACAAGGUAACUGUGGAGCAAGUUGCAGACACAAACAGCUGACCUGGGCAAUGUUUUUGUUACGCUUCUUAACUCAUUCGGUAACUGGUCUCAUGGCAGUAUUUUAGGUAAGGUUCUGGUGCACGGUAUGCUAACGUUAUUUUGACAGUGAAAUUAAACAUCAACCGCUGCAUGCUUCAGAAGGAGAGACCUCAAUUACAAUGCAAACAUCACUAGCGACAGCAGCAUGAAGCUUUAACGUUAACUCGUUGGCGUUAAUGCUGUCUAAAUAUAUUGGGAUGGAGCAGCAGAUAGCAGCCACAGAGAUGGCUCUAGUUCAUCACAACACAUCUGUCUAACUUGUACGCCUGUGAAAGGGAAAUCAUGUCUUGCAAAGCCGCAACCAAGGACAAGAAGUCGAGCUUCAGCAAGAAGCUGUUCAGGCGCGGCUCCGUGCGCUCCGUGGGCAGUUUCAUGAGCAGAGUCCUGAGGACACUGACAGCCUUAUCACACUUUGGAUCUGAAGUACAAACAGAAGAUGAUAAAGAUGAUGGAGGAUUCUCUACUUUUAAAUCUGGAAGUAAAGAUGUACCCAUGGAUGAUGGGGACAUGGGGGGUUUCCUGUCUGGAGAGAGAGUUCCUGGAGUGUCGGGUCUCAAAAACCACGGGAAUACCUGCUUCAUGAAUGCAAUUCUGCAGUGCCUCAGCAACACUGAACUCUUUGCUGAGUACCUCGUUCUGGAGCACUAUAAAGACGAGGAGCUGGAUGAGGACAAACCGAAGACAAAUGGCGUACUUCUGCAGAAGAAAGGCCCUCUGGCCAAAGGAGAAGUUACGGAGCAACUGUCAGGACUUGUGCGGGCUUUAUGGACGUUUGAAUACACCCCCCAGCAUAGCAGAGACUUCAAGAAUGCUGUGUCAAAAAAUGCCACGCAGUUUAAAGGGAACGCUCAGCACGAUGCUCAAGAGUUUCUGCUGUGGCUGCUGGACAGAGUCCACGAGGACCUCAACACAGUCAACCCCAACAGCAGGCCUCCUAUAAAGCCCCCCAUCGAAGAAGAUGACCAAAGCCUAGAAGGGCCUUCUCCCCCACUCUCCGCUGGGUCAUUCGUACAAGAGCUGUUUCAGGCCCAGUACAGGUCUUCUCUCACCUGCCCACAUUGCCAAAAGCAGAGCAAUACGUUUGAUCCCUUCCUCUGCAUCUCCUUACCCAUUCCACUACCACACACGCGGCCCCUGUAUGUGACAGUGGUGUACCAGGGCAAGUACUCUCACUGUAUGAGGAUUGGAGUUGCUGUUCCUCUCAACAGCACUGUCUAUCGCCUCAGAGAUGCUGUGUCACGUGAGACCAAGAUCCCAAUGGACCAGUUUGUUUUGACUGAAAUGUACUAUGAUGGUUUUCAUCGUUCAUUUUGUGAUGAUGACGAUGAUCUCGACAUCAUUCAAGAGAGCGACUCCAUCUUUGCCUUCGAGACACCAGAGACCUUCAAACUGGAAAACAUACGCACAAAAAGAGGAAGUCUUCUUGCAAAUCUGAAUCAUAACAACUUAAAGUACGGGACAGAAAUCGGUAGGACUCCUUCGUUCAUGCAGGGGGCCAUGACUCCUGUAACUGCAUCGCCCAAUAAAAACCUGGGUCCGGAAAAAAUUAUCCUUUUGGUGUGUAACAGAGCUUGUACUGGCCACCAAGGAAAGAGGUUCGGCCUGCCUUUUGUACUGUACAUGGAGCGCACUGUGACCUGGGAUGCUCUACAAAAAGAGAUCCUGGAGAAAAUGCGUCAUCUUUUGAGACCCGGGGUCUACAUUCAGGUGGGACCUUUCAGUCUUCGGGUGGUUGGCGUUGUUGGUAUAACAUACCUCCUUCCCCAAGAUGAACGACCACUGUGUCACCCAACUGUGGAAAGAGCAUACAAGUCCUGUGGACAAGGUGGACCACCACAUGUGAAGAUAGUGGUAGAGUGGGACAAAGAGACCAAGGACUAUCUGUUUGGGCACACAGAGGAGGAGUACAUUCCUGAUGCUGAGAGCGUGUAUCUGCACAGAGAACAUCAUCAUCAGCCGCAGGCCUGCACGCUUGCACAGUGCUUUCAGCUCUACACAAAGGAGGAGCAGCUGGCCCCAGACGAUGCCUGGCGCUGUCCCCACUGCAAGCAGCUGCAGCAGGGUCGCAUUAAGCUCAGCCUGUGGACACUGCCGGAUGUGCUCAUACUGCAUCUCAAGAGGUUCAGACAGGAGGGGGACCGGAGGGUCAAGAUGCAGAACAUGGUGAGGUUCCCAUUGAUGGGCAUGGACAUGGCACCUCAUGUGGUUAAGAGGAGUCAGAGCAGCUGGAGUUUACCUUCCCAUUGGUCGCCAUGGAGAAGACCCUAUGGUCUGGGAAGAAACCCUGAUGACUACCUGUACGACCUGUACGCUGUGUGCAACCACCACGGGAAUAUGCACGGAGGCCACUACACUGCCUACUGCAAGAACUCCAUUGAUGGUCAGUGGUACUGCUUUGAUGACAGUGAGGUUUCACCAAUAGCUGACGAUGACGUGUGUCAGCAGACGGCCUAUAUACUCUUCUACCAGAGGAGGACCGCUAUUCCCUCCUGGUCGGCCAAUAGCUCUGUUGCUGGUUCAACCAGUUCAUCCCUGUGCGACCACUGGAUCAACAGGUUACCAGGUAGCAGGCCUGCUAGCUUAGCCUCCGGAGCCUCAUCCAGACGCACCUCUCUGGCUUCACUGGCUGAGUCAGUAGAGUUUCCAGUCGAACGCAGUGAGGAUGACGGAGGAUUCUCCGUCCGCCCUUUUGUGAGGAGCAUUCAGCGUCAGAGCUUGUCCUCCAGGUCGUCCAUCGCUAGUCCUUUAGCGUUCAGCGACAGUGGGAUGAAGCCGUCGUGGUCUCUCUCUGCGAAGCUGCAUAUGAGGUCCAACUCACCCUCGCGUUUCUCCCUCGACUCUCGAUGUUCCCCUCCUCUAGAGAGGAUAGGAGAAGCCUGCGAUGACAAGGUUUCCACGUCCUGUUUUGGCAGCUACAGUAGACAUGAACGCUACUUUGGCAGCAGGACUCCCUCGUCUAUGAUGGAGAGCAGCUACAGUGACCAUGACAACAAUAAAAGGUUCCUAGACAUGAUGUACUGCAGGGCUCCCACUCCAGUGGAAAAGAAGAGCGCCAAAAACGAGCCAACUGAAAACAACAACCAGAUUACAGCUAUAGACCAAAACAUACUACCUGCCCAAGCAACUCCCUCUAAAGAGCAGAAACGUAAGAGCAGCAUUGGAGGAUUUGGCUCAAAGGCAGAAAGCACAGGCUCCACAAAGGGCUCCAGCAAAGUGGAACAAGAGAAAACUUCCAAAAAACGUUUGUGCGCAACCUAUAAGACUUCAGCGUCUGAGACGUCUUCCGGUACACCUGUGAAAGGCAAGAAGGUGAGCAAUACUAAAGAAAAGAGUGUAAAUGCCAAGAAAAGCACCUCAACACCAAGUGGGACUCCCUCCAAAACAAAGGAAGCAACUCAGCCUCUAGAGGCGACGCCACAACACAAGCCUUGUGUCCGCUCCACACCUCAGUCCUCAGCGUCUCCCUCACCAACUUCAAAGAAAAGUUCCAGUGUCACAGAGAAAGGCGCCACGAGUACUCGCAAACGUCUGGUCGAAAGGAGCUACAGCAGAGAUUCUAUGCACACUAGCCCUCUGGUCGACAAUCUCCGAGGCAGCUUGGUAGGUCGCGCUUCACUCUCAAAGAGUGGGGAAACAAACAGGCUUGAAAAGAGAUCUGUGAGGAGCUCCAUCAGCAGCUCUUCUGUCACUAGCCUGCGCUCACCAAGUGUAACCACCAGAGACCUGCAGCGCAGCAGCAAAUCUGAGGAAAAAGGGUUGUCUUUCUUCAAGAGUGCUCUUCGACAAAGGGAAAGCCGCCGGUCGGCUGAUUUAGGGAAAAGCACCAUGCUUGCCAAAAAGGCCUCAGAGAGGACGUGCAAGCAAAAUGGACAAGCCAAGGAGAUCGCUGGUGACGCCGUGUCCUCACAGACAUCUAUAGAGACUCAUGGAGGUGAGACAAAGUCUGAGACAAAGGAGUCUUCCAAGCCCCCCAGCUCUCUCAGUCGCACUCUGUUGAACGUAGGCAAGUCCAAGUCUUCCACUUCUGAAGUAAGUCACAAGUCUCCCGCAAACGGGAAGAAGCCACUUGAAAGGAUGGCAUCUUCCCGAAAACUGUCGUCAAGCAUGCAAUCUCCUGCACGUACAACACAGAGGCCUCAAUGAUAUAUCAAUAGUAGUUAUAUUGAACUUACAUAUUGCAGCUAUUUUCUUUGUGCCUAAGUUUCAGUGAGCCCCAUAUGUGUUUGUAAAGAGACACAUUUUUUGGUGUUAUGGUUUUGUACACUUGCAUUAGAAGUAUGUGGCUUUGGGUUUUUGAAUAUUGGCAGCCAGCUCUAAGAUUUUAUUUAUUUAUUUUUUUUAUCCGUACUGGAUAAAAAGUAAAGUACUGUACUCCAUUUGCAUAUUUGGGUGCCAAACACGUGCCUGGUAUGGACGGUACAUAAGCAUGCCAUAUGCAUUCAGCUGUACAGCACAGCCUGUUUGAUUGUGCGUACUCGAGGCCUGUAUGACAGCUGACAGAAUUCCCUACUGGAAUCUUGAGAUCCAAUUAUCUUUCCUUCAGACACAAGAGGCUUGUUAUAUCUUUGAAAAAUAUCUAGCUAAAAACCCCUCAUUUAAAAUGCAGCAGCUUAUACAUUAAAAAAUGAAGGGGAUAAGAAACAUUUCCACCUUGUAUGCAUCAACAAUGCAUAGUUUGCCUGGAAGAGUAACAUUUUUAAACUAAUAUAGAUUCAAAUUUUUCAGAUCUGAGAUGAAGAUAGGCUGAUUGUCGAUGCUUAGGCCUCACUGCUGUUCUAUAUGCAUUUGAAACCCAACAACAGUGAGAACAGAACCAUAACAUUAAUGAUUGUCUCUGGACAAAUACUGAAACAGUUGAUUUGCUCACACACACACACACACACACAUGCACACAUACGAAAGAGUUUCAUUCCGAAAUAGCUGUGGCUAAACAUUCAUAGUGGUUUUCAGUGAUUGAUUUAAGCCGAUCAAAGUGACCAUUGUUUUUUCACACACGCACGCACACACUUUCUCCACACACCUCAUGCCAUUGGUUAAUAGGGAUAGUAUGAGUGUUUUUUGUCUUUGGCUAUGGAGAAAGACUUUAGUAGACUUUAUAUACUCAUAAUUAAUGUCACAUUCUUUCUUGAGAGUAUCUGGGAACUAACAGCAGCAGUGGUCAAAAUAGUCUUUAUUGUAAACAUGAAAAGAAUAGUUGUGAAACGCAGAGGUAAUAGCAGGCCCUGGACCAAAACAGAAAAGAAUCUGAGAUGAGAAAGAAUCAGGAUCGGUACGGAAACUGAGACAAAACUUUAUUUUUGUUUAAUACUAGUACCUUUUCGAUAGAAAUGUAUUUUAUUAAAGUUCUUAUUGAAGCUGACAUUUUUUCCUCAAAGAGAUGGUGUUUUGGAAUGAAACCCUUUAAAUUCAAAGUAUAUAAAUAUAUAUAGAUGUGUCUGUACAGAUAUCGACAUAUAGUAUAUAACCCUUUUUGUCCCCUUUCCAUGAGCAAGAUGAAAAUUAUCUUAAGCGCCUUUCAAUGCUGUACAUGGAAACAAAUAAUUGCCUUUGGCAACAUAGUAGUCUACUACUGUAUGCAUCACUGAGUAGGAAUGUUGUGUUGUUUGCACUUUGUAUAGAUAAAGUAGUUUUCUUUUACCCAGUCAUACACACACACAUACACACACACACACACACACACACACACACACACACACAGACUCGCACUCACACUCUCUCUCUCUCUCUCUCUAAGUUAACAAUAUAAUUAUCUCAUUUUUAAUAUGCUGUACAUGACUUCGAGACAUAUCGUAAAGUAGUGUCAACAGGCCUUAGACUUGAAAUGGUAAAAGGGUACAUUCAUCUCAACGUUUCAGGGGUCAUUUAAAAAAAAUAAAAAAAUUCACCCCUUCACUACACCUGGUGCUGUAACAGACCACUGCUCCUCUGGCACUGAUGUUUCUUAAAUGAACAUAUUUUCAAAUGCUGAUGUUCAGAACUGUGACUACACAGACUUCAGUGACCUGGAAACCUGUUGGCAUAACCUGUGGUACCUCAAUGGAGAGGACAAUACUUUGCCAUUUUUUUCUUCAUCAGGCUGAAACAGAAUAUUGAUAUUGAGCCAUUUAAUUCAUCAUAGAAUGACAUUUAUUCUGUCUCUGAGCAGUUAUCCAACUUUGGAAAUGCAGGCAGAAUUUUCUCACCUAUCAGGCACUGCAUGGCAUUACCAGUUUUGCAGCAUAAUGAUAGAAGCGGAGGCGGGUUAAUGUCACUUCAGCUGUCAUGAUGCAUGAUUGGCCUCAAUUUGAACAGCUUUACCAUUAUAGAAUCAGCCCACCUGUAAUUGCAAUAUUCAUACAUUAGAUACCAGCAAUAAUGUAUGUUUCCAAUGAAUGAAUGUGGAUAUGCCGUUAAAAGCCAACCGUUAGUGAGCAGUUCUUACUUUGAGCAUUAACAUAAUCGUUGAAUUACAGAUUACAGUAUUUCUCUCCACUGUUUCUCUGUAGCAUCUACCAGGUUUACAUUGGUUCUCAGAUGGUUUUCAGAGGAAAUACCACUCAAGUUAAAGAUUUAAGUAUGUUAUUGAAAUGGUCUGUAUGGGGUUUGAGCAGAUUUGGCUCAGCUAUAUGCGACAUAGCCAUGUCGCCUUGAAGGUGAAUGCUGCAGUUUUCUGAUCAAAACAAACUCUUCACCAGUGCGCUGUUGGCAGGUUAGAUUGCCACAGGAUGACACUUUAAACCCAAAUUCUACCCAACCAUGUUUUAUUUAGAUGUUGCAUCCAUCUGUUGAGAAUAUUAAUAGACACAGCAAAAAAAAAAAAAAAGAUGUAUUUGAAGCCAGAGCAUCAAACUUGACAUUUAGAGAGAAAAAAAAGUUUACCUGUUAAGUGAUGAACAAGAUCGACAUUAAAGUCCACUGUGUAUCCUCAGGACUUUUUUUAUUACUGUGUUCUGCACCGACUUAACAUAGGUUGCUGAUCCUAGGUGAUAAUAUAGAGUUGUGGAAAGGUUAUCUGCUGUAGACCUGUGAGCUCAUCACUUCACUGGCAACCAGUCUCUCUAAACUUUUGUGGGACUACCAUUAGAAAUGUGUAGUGUGCUCAAACCUUAACAGACCAUAGAAAUAACAUACUUCUUGUUUGAAUAAGGUGGUUUUCCUGUAGCUGCUCUUUUCUACUUAAACUUGUGAUCUAUCAGGAACCUGUGCGUGGCACUUUGGGUCAAAGCAGGACAAUUUUAUGUCAUUUUGGCUUUCACCGUCUCGUUUGCCUGUUUUAAAGUCAAUGUAAUUAUUGUUGUGGCUUGUGUGCAUUUUAGUGCUGGAUUGUUUCAUUUCACUUGCUAGAUUUGCAGUUUAUUGGUGGAUUUUUAAUCCAUUCAUGUAGCCAAAACCCAGUGCAUUAGAAUGUGAUGAUGCCCCUUCACUUUUGUUUUUUGGGGCAUUGUAAACAAGGAUCAGUCAAAUACAAUAUUACAUAUUGCUUAUAUAAAUAGUGGUCAUAAUUUGAGAUCAAAUUGUAUCCAACCAACCUUUUGAGACUUUUUGUCUCUACAGAAUUAAAAUCUGAAAGCUGCAGCAUCCUUAACAAUUUUGAUUAUAGCCAUCACUUUUGUUUUUACAGCGUGUAGGAUUAGAUGAGCCAUGGUGGUUGAGACCCUCAGCUCAUUCAGUAGCAACUUAGUGGUGUUGUACAGCCUAAACUCUUUAAAUGUAGUGUAUUGCAGAGCUGAAUGUCUGUGGUUUUUACAGGAACCUUUUGUCAAACAUGAAACGUUUUAAUCAGUAGCUUCCAAAAAAAAAAAGGAUUUAGGAUUUUUAUUUUGCCUUGACCAACAUACUAGUGGUAGAACAAUAAUCCAAUAAUCAUCUCAUUGUUUGAUGUUCAUCAGUUAGACUAACGAAACUGAGGUUUGAAUGACCAAAAAGUGCAACAUGGCUGACUUAUGAGAGCUCAAGUAUUGUAGUAAGUAAGUUUUCUUCCCAAUUAAUCCAAAAACAUACUUGCUGAAAGAAGAUGUCAAAAAAAAAUCCAUGUAAAAUGAAUCAGAAAACCUUUUUACAUCUCUUUCGUCACUGCAGUUAUUCUGUUUUUUCUUAGUUUUUUUUUUAUUUGUUAAUGUACAGUCAAUGUACAGAAUUAAAAAUGAUUAAGGAAUGCAGUAUUGCAUGAAAACGCUAAUGCAUGUAUUUCAUUAACUAUGCAAGAGUCUGCAGCUGUGUACAGUAGAAAGCAGAGCAUGGCUGGUAUAUUCCAUCGCUUCAUUUGCACAUCAUUCCAAUAUUUAGAAAUUGUAAAUUUACAGAGUAUUUCAUCUUUCAGGUAAAAGGAUUAAACAUGAAAAUCUUGCCUAUAUGAAAAUUUAUUUAAUGCCAUAAUUGCUUUUAGCAUUCUACCAUUUAAUGUUUCUAUUUUGUAUUUUUUUUCCUCAUUAUUUAAUUUUUUUUUUUUUAUUUCUGCUGAUCUGUGCUCUCUGGGUGCUCCUACCAAACCGGUAGGUUAAUGUCUUUUUGUUUUUGACAAGAUGUUUAAUAUUUACUGUUGUACACCAGCAGAGACAACACUAUGGAUACGAUAAUCUCUAUGUGGUUACUAAAUAGCCUCAUGUAUGUAUGUAAGUACGUAUGUAUGCAUUGUGAAAAGGCCUUCCAUUAAUUCACUUCGGUGAUAACGGUUUGUGAACCCCUGUUAAAAUGUUCUCAGCUGCAUCAAAGAUGUGGUCAGUCUCUAAUAUAAAGGCAACUCAAAUAAAUAAAUAAAUAUAUAUAGAUAGACAUAGCUAAAUGCAAUAAAGAAAGAUAUUAAAUUUAUAGUUUUAUAUUACAAUAUGUAAUGAACAAUGACAUGCAAAUAUAAAUGCUCAGUUAAUACUUUUUGUAGUAUUUAUGCCACAUCAAUCGUUUUAAUCAUGAUGUGAUUUUUAUUAUUUUUUAUGCAAAGCGGUUUAUCAGCAAACAAACAGCAACUUUAAAGCAGCACUUCUCUUUUUUUUUUUUUUCUUCCUGAUAUCUGGUAAAGUGGGGGUAAAACAUUAAUCACUCUAGUUGCUAAAAUGCAUACAGGCUGCAGAACUUAAUUAAGAUUAGAGAAUCCUGCAUUGCGUUAUUGUUGAGACACAGUUGUUUUUGUUUACUUCUUGUUGUUAACAGAGUCACAAGAAGUAACUCUUUUUCAAGGUGAGAGCAGUAAUUAAUGAUUUUAUAUUCAACAUGUUUGAGUAAGUAUUUUACCACUGAAUCAAAGUUGCAAUAACCACUGAACCUGAAAUACCACACUCCUACAUUUGACUUCAGAUUCUUCAGAUAUUGUCGUACCACAGCAAUACAGUGGUGUCCUUUAAUAUUUAAAGACUCAAAAUACUUCCAUUGUUUGAGUUUCGGGGUGAAAUAGUUUUAUUUUAAGGCAGAUAAAUGAGUCUUUUGAGCACAUUUGUAAGAUGUAAACACUACAAACAUGAUACUGAAACUUUUCAGAAGCCUUAAGCAAAACAAAUUGUUAGUUUGUAUCUGGAUGAUACAGAAACUUAAGAGCUGUGUAAUGAAUGAAUGUCAUGAGUCUCAUUUUAUUAUUAUAUUUUAGGCUAACAUAAAGAACACUAUUGUGCUAAAUCCAUAGCACGUCUCUACUUUGACAUUUUUGUCUUUGACUUAUGCUUUUUUUUAUGUAUCAGUCUUAAAGCAUUUUGUAAAAUACAGUAUGUUGCAUUUAUUGUGAAUUGUUUUCUUCACUAUAGUCCUUGUUGUACCGGGUUCAUGAGGUUAUUAUUGACAUUUGCAUUGUCUGAACUGGCCUAUUUUUUUUUAAGAUUCUUACAUUAUUUUACAUUUGGGCCUCUGUUCCAACAUUUGCCUGUUUUUUAUUUUUAUUUUCUUAGUUCCAAGUUCCUUAGACUGUGUCGGAGUCUUCUAUGUUAAUUUAUUUCUCUUUUGUUAUCAUAUAUGCACUUUUAAUGUUUUUUUUUUCUCUAAAAAGACAAAUGUGUAUAUACUUUGUUGGUUUACCCAUGCAAGUACAAAAUGAAAAAUCAGAUUAAAAAUAUUGAAAGUG